AUGGCAAAUGAGUGCACAACACAUGGUGAAGCUACGUAUUCAAGCAACCACAAAGAAAGAAACAAACAAACAUUGGAAUUUCCAACAUCGCCCUUGUUACAAUUUCUCACGAAAGAAAAAUGGGAUCAGCUUAGAAGUGAACGUAAAUGGAGCUUGAUUAUGGAUAAGUUGGAUGGAAAAUGCAUAACAAUGUUGCAUUUCGAUGUCAUUUGA